AGUAUCGAGCUCUGCGAAAGAUUCGGCUAUAUAACACGAACAUUUGGGCCGGGCGACCGGACAAGAGGUUCUUCCUCAUGUUCAGCAGCAAACGCUAGCAUCUUGACAUAACCUGCGAUACACGCUGUCCGUCCGAUCGCAUUGAUGAGAGCCUUCCAGGUCAAAAAGCUGGCCCAUCCUAGGGAUAUCACGCUCUCCGACGAUGUCCCUCCGCCAAUAGCACAGAAGAGUCAGGUGAUUGUAGAUGUGUACGCAACUGGUUUAAAUUUCUUCGACGUACUCCAGGCGCAAGGCAAAUAUCAGAAUCGCCCUCCACUACCUUUCAUUCUCGGUGCAGAGCUAGCUGGACGUAUAGCCGAAGACUCGCCUAUUCCGAAAGGAUGUCCAUUCCAACCUGGAGGGGGGGGAAACACAGACCGCGUUCAUGGCUUUGGAGCUGGAGCAUACGCUGAACAAGUCGCUUCUGCCGUGAUACCCUUGACAUACACGACCAGCUAUGAUGGGCUUGUUCAUCGCGGACAGAUGAAAGAGAACGAAUGGGUCCUGGUCCACGCCGGUGCUGGUGGGGUCGGACUGGCGGCUUGUCAAAUCGCAAAAGUGCUUGGAGCCAAGGUCAUUGCUACUGCGUCCACCGAAGAGAAACGACGGAUAUGUAGAGACAAAGCGAGAGUGGAUGCUGUGGUAGACUAUACGCAGACUGGUUGGCAGAAAGAAGUCAUGAAGAUUACAUCUGGAAACGGAGUGGAUAUAGUCUAUGAUCCAGUUGGCAUGAUCAUCCCGAGUCUCAAAUGCGUGAAUUGGAACGCCCGGAUCGUCGUCGUGGGAUUCGCAGCGGGCACCAUUGAAAAGGUACCGGCCAAUCUCUUGCUUUUGAAGCAGGUAUCCAUCGUAGGCCUGUUCUGGGGUGGGGGAACGGAACGCGACCCAAGACACGCAGCGGAAGUUGUCCUAUCCCUUUCUAAGCUCUUCUCGAGCGGUCGUCUGAAACCAAUCCUCUACGAGCCGAUAUACGAGGGACUUGAAUCUGUUUCUAAGGCUCUGACAGAUCUGGACGAGAGGAAGAUCUGGGGAAAGGGGGUAGUCAGAGUCAUGAAGGAGCAGUCGGAUAGUCAUCCUCGAGUGAAGCCUUGCUUCGAAUGCCCAUCCUUUGUUCUCUGUCUGGCUUGGACAAAGGAUGGCACGAAAUCGCAAUAACAAAACUCUAGUCUGGUCGAUCCGUCCUACCCUACAACUUGCGAUGGCAACACCAACUUUACCGCGAAUUUACCUUGCAAGCUAUUCAUCAGACCUUUGCAAAGGCUUUCUUAGAGAAGGGACAAGACCCCUCAAGCCCGAUUACACGUUCUAGCAUGAGCGAGUCAACAGUCUCGUUGAGCUAUUCUGGGAUUGAUGACCAAGACGAUGGAUACGAUUUGGUGGACUUGACUGCCAGCUCUGAUGAUGAUGAUGAUGAUGAUGACUUGAGUCUUUCGGACGACUCUGACUUCGAGGAGAAGGGCGACGACCUAGAAGGCUCGGAAGUCAACAGCUCGACUGCUUCAUUCACCGGGUUG